GUGUUGUUGUCUUCAACUGGACAAUGAACACACACUCACUCACAGGAUGGCCGCUGCCUUGCCUCACCGCCGUCGAUCGCCUCAGACCUUCAUCAUCGUCCUCUUCGUCCUGUCAGGUGGACAGUUUUCAUCCGUUUCUUCUUUUAAAGUACCUGAAGGGGGCGUGGCCUCUCUGUCCUGCCAGUACUCUGUGAAGCGUUUUGGCCUGAGUCGGGUCUGCUGGGGUCGUGGCUGUGGGACCUUCUGGUGCAGCAACAUCCUGGUGCAGACGGACGAGCACGGCGUCAUCUCCAAGGUGGAGGACCGGUACCGGCUGACGGGGGACGUCCUGGACGGACAGAUGGACCUGGACAUCCUGAACGUGAGGCGGACAGACAGCGGACCGUACUGCUGCAGGGUGGACAUCGACGGGAUCUUCAAUGACAAGAAGGUGAUCAUGAACCUGAGAGUGGUCAAAGCUCUGGUCACCAGUUCUCCUGUUCCAACAACAACCACGACGGAUCGAGUCACGGAGCCGUCGGCCUCCACAGUGAACUGGAAAACUCUGCUGUCGUCUCAGCUGGACCUUCUGAAGAGGAACUCCACCCUGCUGCGCUCCGACACCGUCACUGUGGAGGACUCUCUACCCUCUCUCUCCCUUCAGAUCAACGUUCCCAUCCUCUCUCUCUCCCUCAGUGUGUUGUUGAUCCUGGCGGCAGUUUUCCUCUUCCUGGCCUUCAAACGUGGAAUAUACAGAAGAGCCUUAAAGACCAGCUGUUUCUCCUCUGAAGAACCUCCUCACAUUAUCUACGAGAUCCGCAUGAGGAGACCAGUCCAGGAGAACAUCUACACUCUGGACUAGCUCGUUCACACAGAGAAUGGACAUUAAACUUCCUCCCUCCCACACACAGUGUUAUCUAUAAAGCUCCAUGUGUUUGGCUGAGCAACUGCUGGUUUACAGUUUAUUUAGUUCAGGCUGCUGCUGCUGUAGUUUGUCUUUUAUUCCUGUUUCCUGUGAUGAUAACCUGCCUGAACACGCUGAAUAAAAAAAUCAAUCAUC